AAAAAAUACUUCCUAACACGACGCAACUAUAUAACGCAAGAACCUCAGCAUCAACAAGGAAAGUACCUUGUCAAUCUUCAGAAGAUUUUGCCUGAGAGCUAUCAACAUAAUAAAGAACAUUUGAGAUAAGCUGCAGCGGCGAUUAUCUUCACCUGCUUCGAAACAGUUUUGUAAGUAGAAGUGUGUUCUCACCGAGCUCGAUGUCCAUCGUUCCACGAGAAGGGAAUUAGCUGCCGCAUUGCAUAGAAGGGACUUAGCUCACGAGACUGCUUGUGACUGCUUUUGAUGGGCAUUGCUCUAUUAUUUCUAACGGAUUCAUUGUAAGUAUUCCUAUUCUAGCGGUUCAGGUGGUCGUGAUUCAUGCUUUCUUAAUGAAUCUGAUAGGUUUUCCAAGAAUCAUUUUAUCAAACGAAGUCUAAGCAUUUUUGAUUUUGGUCGCACGUAACCUCCUUGCACAAGUACACAGUACAAAACAGAAAUACUCCUUUCAGGUAUUAAUACAUAUUUAUAUUAUUUAUAAAUCGUUAUCGUGCAUAUACAUAUUUUUGAAUAGCCUCUCUUUGUCUUUGUUCAUCUUGAAAGCGUUUCUGGCAAUCUUACAUGUUUGUACCUAGGUAGUAGAGAACAAAGGGAGCCGAUUCUCUUCCCAUUCUCCUAUGGUUGGUAAAAAUACACACUAAAAAUAGCUAUCGUUGUAUUUGGAACUGGAGGAAGUACACUGAUUUUGAUAUUGAUUCCAUACUCCAAUGAAUUCUUAAACGUAUUUCUGCUUAGGGUUAGGAGGUCUAGCUUAGGAGGUCUAGAAUUGCGCUAGAAGAAUUAUCAAUCUUCUUCGUACACGUACUAGGAACACAAAAAGAUGUCGCAGUCACGAGGUAGCGAGACCGCAGAGGAUAUCCAGAGCUUUUCACAGCUCAAGGAGGAAGCGAAUACGAUUGUAAAAGCUGCAGUCAGCCGGACAGUAGGUUAUGAGAAGACUUCCAAGGAGUUUGUUUCUGCGUAUCCUGCUUCGUUCUGCUUGGUAAACCAAAAAAUGCAGGCUUGUUACUUGGUUGUAGUGCGUAGAUGAAAGUCGAAACUUGUCGCAUUUUUUUUAUCGAAUCCAUCCUUUUUGUUUUCGAAUCCCUAGUAUGACUUCACAAUCAACAACACGAAUUGCGAAUAUGAAUGAAGGAACAACAGUAUUUUUUUCUAGCGGCCUGAAACUAAAUGAAACUACCAUCACCAUCCUUUUCCAUGCCCAUCCACCUACCCAUCCACCUACCCAUCCACCUACUCAUCCGCCUACCCAUCCGCCUACCCAUCCACCUACUCAUCCGCCUACCCAUCCACCACCAUCCCAAUCCUAGCCUAGAAGAACUACAACCAUCACCUUAUCCUCAAGAGGAUUCCUCAGCAAUCUCUAACCCCUGGGUCGAGCGAACAGUGAUGAAAUCGAAUACGAUCCAAAGUUGGUCCAAGGCUGGAUUGAGGAGAUUAACACCAACACGUUGGACAAACUCCAACAGAUGAGCCAGGGCUUCAAAUUCAUCGUGUCUACGACAGUCGUGCAAAAGAACGGGGCGGGGAUUCAUGUGAGCAGCACUUUUAUGAAGAGACUGAUGUGAAGGUGAAGAAGUACUAUUUUUUGUAGAUGAUUGAGGCAAGAAGAUGAAAGUAGACCUAGAAGAUGUAGAAGAUGUGAGCAGCACGAGCUUACUUGUCUUGGGUAGUUGGUGCUACUACAACACUUAAUUUUUUCUAGGAUUUCAGACAGAGCAACGACUACCUGACUGAAAUGUAUAAUUCACGUUCAGCACAGCAUACUCAUCUGACUGUUCUUUCAUUCCUCGUUUCUGGGAGCAGAACACCGACGGCAAUCUCACGUUCAGAUGGGAAAAUAGGACGAUGUACGUCAUCAUCCAAGUUUUCGGUUUGGCGCUGUAAGCACGACAACUACAACAUGCAGGUUCAUUGAUCAAUUUCGAUACGUCGAGGAGGAACAAUACGUAGACGAAGCACAGGCGUACUAGAAGAGUUUAAAGUUGGUUCCAAAACACGGGAUGUUGGUUUCGUCUUAGGGAACACGGGAUGUGGUCUACACAAGAUGCAACGAUCCUCGAGAAGUGGUCAGGAGUCUGAAAGACAAAAACCUUUUAUUCUUGACAACUCAUCCUGGUCUCAAUCUGAAUCGCUAUCACCAUCUCCCUCUUUUGAAACCAACAAAAGCGACUUUCUCCCAAUGACCUAUGCUUGGAAGUGAUCUUCGUCUCGUGUCUUUCUUUUUAUCAAAAACUACGGUCCGAAUUGAAUAACCUCAUACUUACAUUGAAUUGUGUCUCUUUGUAUUAUACUUGCCCCAAAACAAGCAAGAACUUGCUUCCAACACGAACACCUUGAAACAUCUUCUAAAAAAAUCAACAUCUUCAUGCGGAAAGGAAGAUCAUCCCUUCAACGAAGGAGACCACCAACAUUGAUACUGAAACUGAAUCACAAAAGCUAAAUAAACGCAAAGUUUUCUUGUCUUUUUUCAGACGUCACAUUCAUAACUAUAUAAGAACAUCAAAAAUCCUUUACCCGGUCCUCUCCUCAUAGCAGAACGAAGAAU